GGGGGCUUUGGGCUCGAGCUCCCUUAAACGCCAGGGACAGGGAGACGUCGUUUGGGAACGGGCAGUGCGUCGAGAUUGAAUUGUAUUUUUCCAGCUUUUCCUCCGCCCGGGAGGGUGGAGGCGGGGAAUACCGGAUGGUGUACUCCGGGAGCCAUGUUGGUUUCCGUUGGGCUGAAAGUUGAGGAACAAGUUUAAACCGGGGCGCGAGAGGAGAGCGCGAGACGCCCCUCCCUGCGCGGGGGACUGCACUGCCCUGCUCCGCUCCGGAGGGAUCCGCCUGCUCGUUCGACCGUCCGCAAUGUGCCGCAGCUGAGAGGCGACAGGCCGGAGAGUCGACAAUGAUUUCCAACCAGCAGAGCAGCAACCGGCCCCGGGCCAACAACGUCGGCUCGAUCCUACUGACCCCGCAGGAGAACGAAGCACUCUUCAGCUGCCUCGGGAGAAAAUGCCUGACAUUAUCAUCAGCCGUUGUUCAAGUAUUUGCUGCAGAGCGCAGUUCACAUUGGACAAAAAAGUGCUGUGGAGUCGCCUGCCUUAUCAAAGACAAUCCUCAAAGGUCUUACUUUAUCCGUGUUUAUGAUAUAAAGGAUGGGAGAUUAAUGUGGGAGCAAGAAAUGUACAACAAUUUUGUUUACAAUCCAUCUCGAUCAUACUUCCAUACUUUUAUUGGUGAUGCAAGUCAAAUAGGACUUAAUUUUGCAAGUGAAGAAGAAGCAAAAAGAUUCAAGUUUGCAGUCAGUGACAUAAUUGGAAGACGCCAAAGAAGAACUGAGAAAAGGCGAGAGCCACCACCGUUAAAUGGACCGUCUCUUCCUAUGGCUACCGUUGACAUUAAGAAUCCAGAAAUUACCAAUGUUCGAUACAAUGCACAAGUUAAUAAUUUUGUAUAUGCCAAAGAUAAGAAGAAAGUCAAAGGUAAAAAGAAGAAAUUGACUAAGGCGGAUAUUGGCACACCAAGUAACUUCCAGCAUAUAGGACAUGUUGGCUGGGACCCAAAUACAGGUUUUGAUCUAAAUAAUCUGGACCCUGAAUUAAAGCAUCUAUUUGACAUGUGUGGAAUUUCUGAGUCGCAGUUGAAGGACAAAGAAACAUCAAAGAUCAUUUAUGAUUUUAUAGAGAAAAAAGGAGGAGUUGAAGCUGUGAAGAAUGAGUUACGUAGACAGGCUCCUCCACCUCCUCCACCUCCACCUUCCAGAGGAGGACCACCACCACCCCCACCUCCACAUAGUUCAGGACCCCCUCCUCCUCCUCCAGUUCGUGGGCGAGGUGCGCCACCACCUCCACCCCCAUCACGGGCCCCAUCAGCGGCUCCUUCAGCAGCUCCCCCACCCCCUCCACCUUCCAGACCAGGAGUAGGAGCUCCACCCCCACCACCAAGUAGGUUAUAUCCUCCCCCUCCUCCUCCACCAGUGCCAUCAGGCCCCCCACCACCACCACCUCCAGCACAUCCUGUUCCUGGAGGUCCGGGAGCUGCUGGACCCCCACCGCCACCACCACCACCCCCACCUGGUCCGCCACCACCUGGCCCCCCUCCACUUCCUGCUGCAGUCGCUGAAAAUGAUUCUUUCCCUUCACCUACUGGCAACAAAUCAGCUCUGCUGGAUCAAAUCCGUGAAGGCACUCAGUUGAAGAAAGUUGAACAAAGCAAUCGGCCAGUGUCUUCCUCAGGAAGGGAUGCACUAUUAGACCAGAUACGGCAGGGUAUACAGCUCAAGACCGUAAACGACCAAGAUUCUUCUUCUCCUUCAACACCUACGCCAACAGCAGGAAUUGUAGGAGCACUGAUGGAAGUGAUGCAGAAAAGGAGUAAAGCCAUUCACUCUUCAGAUGAAGAUGAGGAUGAAGAUGAAGAAGAAGAUUUUGAUGAUGAUGAUGAAUGGGAAGAUUAGAUUUUCUUGCCAAGAUUGUAAACCUUUCUAUCUUUCUGAAUCUUGUAAAAUUGUCCUGUAAAUGUUCUGCAUAUUUUGCUGUAUAUUUUUGUUGCCUUUGCUCUUUUCAUAAUCUGUGCAAUACCUCAUUUAAUACUUACCUUGACAAAGCAUUGUGGAUAAAGAUAUUCGCUAUGCAAAGUAUUUGUUGGGAAAUAUAAACAACUACAUAUGAAUGUGUUCAUUCCAACAACAACAGAAAUUGUGGUUGAGUAGGAGCAAAGUUGACAGAACUUUAAUUAUACUUGUUAAAAGCCAGAAUAGCAACACUAUUUUUUCAAAACCAUGCAAUUUCUGUACCUAAGAUGAAGCAUCUCUUAUUAAAGCUUCGCAUAGCACUAUAAUUUUUUAAAAUACAACGCUUCUAUUCGAUUCCUUCAGUACUUCAUCGUGCUGAAGCUCCUAGAGUUUUGCACCCUUCUAAUGUAAUUUGUCACAUGAAUGCACAGCUUACAGGCAGCUCAUUUGUGUCUUACUGUUUAGCAAUACUGCCUGGGUGAUUCAAAGAUGCACAGCAACUUAGGAGUGUUUUAUACUGUAUGCAGCAAUACUGUCUAUCAUGACUAUUUUUAGUUGAAAUCCCCUUAUCUGUUACUUUAUCAAAUAUUUAUGCUUCUGGCUUAUUCCAUGCUGUUGGAAGUUAAGUCAAGCUUUUUGAAUAGGAAUUCAGGUCCUCUUGUGAAAUUUCUAAUUGCAAUCAGGGGACACAGAUUUUUAACCCUUGAAGUGACAGCAUUUCUUCUAAUCAUAGUGUUUAUUUGGCUGUGUUAAGGGUUAAUGAAAAAUAACCUAAUAUUCAGUUUUUUGGAGGUGAAGGCUGUGAUUAGGAAUUUGCAUUUAAUGUAUUCAUAAAGGGCUGUGCUUAAUGCUUGUUAAACUGCAAUUUGGGAAAUAUUGGAAGUGAACAGGUAAUAAUGAAUAUUGACAUCAUUAUCUUUACGGUCCUUUUGACGUCUUUGGAUCAGAAUCAAAGAGCAAACUCUUAAUACAGAUUGCGAUUAUGAAGUGGAACUUUUAACGGAAAAAUAUAUAAAUAAAUGUUUAAGAUCACUGAAAACUAUCCUUUCUGGCUUUCAAAAUUUAUUAUGAGGAUGCAGAUGCAUUAUUGAUCACUGAUCUUAUUGCCUUUUAUCCAGCUGCAAUACCCUUAUUAGCUACCACCAUAAAUCACUCCUCUCCUUUCAAUCUGUAAUCUCCAGUCCAAGGCUUUUAUGGAUGGUAAUGAGUUUAUUCUGUCCUGAUUUUUUUUGAACUGGUUUGUGUUUAGGAUCUGUGAUUAUUCACCGUACUAGUGUGAAGCAUUAUGGCUGUCUUGGCUCAAUUUCGGAAACCAGAAUAAUUUCCUCGCUGUUGCAUAAUGCACUCCACUUGUAAGAUUGUUACUGUUUUCUAAAACCUUGAAGAAUUUUUCUCUUGCGCAGUUUUUGUUUUUUGCCUCAUUUCCUAAGUGUAAGUGAGAUUAAGGAAUGAUCAUAAAGCCUCAAGUUUAAACAUCUAUAUCACUCUUCAUUUUCAAAAAGUGUUAACUGUUGCAAGAAAAUUACAAGUUCUGUAAAGUCUGAGAAGCAUCCUAUGUUCCACUAAAGGAGAAAACAACUGACCCAUUGUAGUUGAUGGCAUUUUACUAAUCAUUAAGUGGUAUAGAAUCUAUUUGCAGUUAUAAUACAUCACAAUGAUACUUCAAUCAGUUUUCAGGUGACCAGAUUUUUACCAUUGCUUCUUUUUCCAAGUAUUGUAUGGCAUAAAAUAGGCACAUUCGCACAUUUGGUUCGUACUGUAGAUAACUGCAAAUUGUAAGAAUACUGGUACUGCUAGCAUGUAAAGAUUAAAAAUGCUUUAACACUUGGUUGGAUAGGGAGGUCGGGGGGUGGGGAAGCAAUCACAGGCAGGUGGGGAUGUAGGGAAGUGGAGCUGAAGCCACAGAUCGGGCAUGGUUUUAAUGAAUGGCACAGCAGGCUUGAAGGUCUGUGUGGCUUAUUCCUCCUGAUUUUAGAAGUAUGAUUUACUGAUGUUGGAUAUGAUCAUUGUUCUGACAUGUCGACAACACAGUUCCCAGCAAGUUUUAAGUUAAUAAAUACUGAGAUUUGAUUUGA